GUCUAUUUAGGAAAAUAAACGUUAAGAUUGAAAUUGUUUUUAAGAGCGCCUUAGCGAGUAUGGAAGGAUAUAUGUUGAGAAUCGUCAUGAAUAAAUGUAAGGACGCAUAUCUCGUUUUCCUGAUAUGAAAGGCGGAACUCUUAACACCGUAUGUUAGAACGUGAGGAGAGAGCAGGUGUUGACCCGAUAUGGUUUUGGGCCAUUUCGACAUGCACAUUUCUCAUUAACUAUGAGCCAAUCAGCAGAUAGCUGACUUUGAAAGCGAGGUUCGCAUCUUCUUAGACGCCAUUGUUCGUGAUAACAUUUUAUUUUGGAAUCAUGGCUACAGUAGUCAAUAAAACCCCUGACAAACCAAAGAUUGAAAAGAAGGAACCAACUCCAGUUCAAGCUAAAGAGGAACCAAGUCAAGAAAACGAAAACGAAUCUCAAAAUCAAAAUAAAUUUCAAAACAAUCGUGGGGGUCGCGAAAAUCGAUUUCAGAACAAAAGAGGAGGUCGGCAUUCAAGCCGAGGGUUUGGCAACCGGGGCGGUUUUCAGGGUAGAACCGAUAAUGGUGGUGGUGGUGGUGGAGGUGGUGGUGCUUCUAAUAAUCAGAGUUCAAACUCAAAUCAGCAGUUUGGCGAUUUUAUGGGCGAGCAGAAUGAUGGACCAAAGGAGCAAAAGAAGUUUACAGGAAGGUGCAGACUUUUUGUUGGAAACAUCACACCAGAUACUACUGAAGAACAGUUUAAAGAGAUGUUCACGCCAUUUGGAGAAGUAUCAGAAGUGUUUGUGAAUGCAGCAAGGGGAUUCGGCUUUAUACGAUUGGAUUACAGAAUAAAUGCAGAGAAGGCCAAAAUGGAUCUGGAUGGGCAGAUGCGACACAACAGGGUUCUCCGAGUACGGUUUGCCACUCACGGUGCAGCCUUACGAGUGUAUAACCUCUCACCAUUUGUCUCUAAUGAACUUCUUGAGACUGCAUUUUCACAGUUUGGAGAGGUGGAGCGGGCUGUUGUGUUUGUGGAUGAUCGCGGGAAGUCACUGUGCGAAGGUCUGGUGGAGUUUGCACGUAAACCAGGCGCCCAGGCAGCAUUCAAAAGAAUCAGUGAAGGCAUUUUUCUUUUGUCAGCCUACCCUCGCCCAGUGAGAGUGGAAAUGCUUGAGCAGCGCGAUGAGGAGGAUGGUCUUACAGAGAAGUUUGUACAGAGGAACGACGGCUUUCGGCAGGACAGGGAGAAAGAGCCGAGAUUUGCUCCACCUGGGAGCUUUGAGUUUGAGUUCGGGAACAAGUACCGAGAUAUCGACAAGCUGGAGAAGGACAGGAUUGAGCGUGUGAAACAAGAGAUGGAGUUAGACAGGCAGCGGCUCGUUGAAGAAAUGGAGACAGCUAUGUUUGACUUCCAGGCUGAACAAAUAAGACAAGAUCUGAUGCGACAACAGGAAGAGCUGAAACGUUUGGAUGAGAUGAAAAAUGAACACAUGCGAAGGAGACAGGAGAGUGAUAUGAGACGUCGCCAGCAGAUGGGAGCCCCGCCCCCUGACAGUCUGAUGAGACAGGAGGAGGAGCGCAGGCGAGAGAUGAUGAUGAGGGCGUCCAAUGAGAUGAACCGUGGGAGGGAUGGCAACCGCAGCGGCCGCCCUGAUGACAUGAUGAGAGAUGGGCCUGGAGGCAUGCUUGACAGCACUGGUCGUAUGGGAGACCGGGGCAGACCCAACACGCCACCCAUGCCCAUGGCCCCUCCCCCCGUGCCACCUGGCAUGAGUAUGGACCGUCCCGGUAUGGAUCGUCCCGGUAUGGACCGCCCUGGUAUGGACCGCCCAGUAGGACCACCGAGAGGCUUAUUUUCUGGUAAGCAGGGCCCUAUGGAUAGCAGCAGAUUUGAUAGACGUCCUGGAAGUCCUGGAGGAGAUAGACCUGGCAACAUGGAACUUGAUCGACCAUCUAACAUGGACAGACCCCCACAUGGUGAUCACAUGAUGACCAAACCCAAAUAUGGCAGUCCUAUUCCGAGGCGCUAUCUGCUGUGCCUGUUGGAUGGGGUCACAAAAAAAUAUAAACGGGUGAUAGACCACGUUCGUCGUGUGCACAAGAUCACUGGCAACGUGCUUAGGGCGCUCAUGUCCAAAGCGCGUGUCUAGAGUGCCAAGAGCCGU